AUGAGGCACACCGAAAACGAUCGCAGUGUAUGGGCAUUUCCAAGGAUCAGCGGUGUUUUGGAAACUGAGUUUAUGAACUUAAGCGAGCAAAGAUGGCUUGAGAGUUAUCGAGUUCCCAAGCGAACAUUCCAGCAACUUGUUCAUUCAUUGCAAGGUGUGGAACGUGCAGCAACAAGAAUGAGAAGGCCAGUACCUGUAGUCACCAUAGUUGUAAUGCUACUCAAACGACUUGGAAAAGGUCUAGACUAUCGAGAAAUCGGCGACGAAUUUGGAGUAGGGGCUUCAACAGCUGGUGAAAAAGUAAACACUGCGAUGUGGUUUUUAAUAGAAACGAAAAAGUACAUGAUAAGUCGUUUACAAGAGGGCAGAAAUUCGGAAGUAAUUAUAGAGGGGUUUUUUAUAAGAUGGAACUUUCCACAAUGUGUGGGUGCCAUUGAUAGCACUUAUAUUCCAAUUAAAACCCCUCAGAACCACCACACUGACUAUUUUAACAGAAAGUCAUUCCAUUCGGUCAUUGUACAGGCUGUUUGUGACAGUGAAUUUUGCAUAACUGAUAUUUGUGCUGGUUGGCCAGGCAAGGCUCAUGAUGCACGUGUACUCAGUCGCUCAAAGAUUGGAGAAAAAUUGAUCAAUGGGACUGUGGUAGCAGGCCACAACACGUUAGCGAGAGACAUAAAUGGGACGGCUAUUGAACCAUUUCUUGUUGGGGAUCCAGCAUACCCUUUCUGUAAACAUCUAAUGAAAGAUUUUACUGGAUCCAAUCUUUCGUCUGAAAAGGAAUAUUUUAAUUACAGAUUAAAUUGUGCUCGUAUUCAGAUUGAGAGAACAUUUGAGGGAGAUGCAGGAUACCUUGAAGAAUGGGAUAGCAGGGAUGCUGAGGAAAUGGAUGAGCUACCAGCACUUGGUCCUCUUUCUGAUGAUGUGGGUGUUGGAAAUGCUCAGCUGAUAAGAAGUGUUUUAUGUCAAUAUAUAACAGAGAAUUAA